GAAGCUAGAAGAAGAACUACGGGCAGGGAUGACCCCUUUCACUGCACCACGUUGAGUCUCGUGUAUAUAAAGAGCUUCGCCUCUGACCAACAGCCACAAGUACCAUCUCAUCUUCGUCUCAAUCUUGGUUCAUCUACUGUGACAGCAUUAAUCGCUCUCUGCGCAUGCGCAUGGGCUGCGCCACAGAGAGGUGGCGCGGGUGGCGCUGACAAAGAUGCCACUAUUAUUUCUCAGCAACUGGAAGUUGGUUUUGAUGGAAAUUACGUUAACAACUUUGAGACCAGCAACGGAAUCAGUCACCAGGAAACAGGACAGCCAAAGCCAGUAGAUGGUGAAAACCCGGUCGUAGCUCAGGGCAGCGAGGGCUGGAGUGCUCCAGACGGUCAGCAAAUAAGCUUAACGUGGACAGCCGACGAAAACGGCUUCCAAGCCCAAGGCUCGCACAUCCCGACCGCUCCCCCAAUUCCUCCAGAAAUCCAGCGCGCUCUGGAGUGGAACGCGGCCCAUCCUGAGCAAGAUAACGAAGGACAGGGCGGACCUCCAGCGCGACCUGCUCCAAGAGCAAAAACACGUGUGUUUAUGUUGAAGAACUCUGAAAUUACAAUUAGCUGUAAAAUGAAAUAUAAAAAAAAUUUAUUACUUAGUGCAUUCGCAAAUAUGAACGGCAAAGUAGUCUUGUCCCUCCUCAUGCUGGUAGCCGGCAUCAGCGCUCAGCGUGGCGCCCGGCCAGGAGCAAGACCGCCAGUUCCCCCCCAGCAGGGAGGAAGCCCUCCAGUGCCGGCAACUCAACCCCAGCAGGGAUCCAAGGACGACGUGACUAUCGUCCACCAGGAGCAGGACAUUAGCCCUGAUGGCACCUUCUCUUCAUCUUGGGAAACUUCCGACGGAUCGACCUUCUCCGAGAACGGCGGCAUGAAGACCGUGGGGGAAAACGCCACUCAAACCCGUCAAGGAUCCGCUAGCUGGACCGCUCCCGAUGGAACCAAGAUCAACCUCUCCUGGACCGCCGACGAGAACGGAGUCGUCUUCGCUGGUGACCAUCUUCCAACCCCACCACCCACUGAAGCUAUUCCUGAAGCUAUUCAGAGAUCUUUGGACUGGAUCGCCAAGAACCCGUCCCCUGACGCCAAUAGCCAA